AUGCUGAUAGCCAAAGGGGAGUUCGCCAGUUAUAUCCAAAGCCCGGCAAUGGAACAGAACCAACCAAUGGAGCACGUGAAGAGGAAUCAGAAGUCGAACUCUUACAAUACGCAACCAGUUCGACUAAUCAAUGCAAUUCACGGUCGGCCUGAGCCUACUGAGGAGUCAGAAGAAUUGUUUCGAACACGCCUUCGCCAGGCACGGAUGAAGAGGAGGAUAAGCGGUGUUAACAAUCUGCACCAACAGAGCGCAUCAACACAGAUAAAGUUUGACAGAACAGAUCUAUUGCGUGUUCAGAUCCCUCAUGAGGACCUCUUGGUCGUCAGUUUGACAGUAGCCGAAUGUUUGGUAUGCAGAGUUUUGAUUGAUCCUGGAAGUAGUGCGAACGUCAUGCCGAGGAACACAUUUGAUCGACUCGAGAUCAAACCGGAUCAACUCAAGCCCACUGGAAAUCCCUUGCUAGGGUUUGGUGGAAAACGAGUGGAGCCCAUCGGUAUGGUGGAGGUAGCAGUACACGCUGCAGAGAGGGCUCUAAUGGAGACCUUUGUAGUUGUCGAGAUUCAUCCUUCUUACAACCUUUUGAUAGGUAGAGGGUGGCUCCACAGAGUUCAAGGUGUUUCUUCCACUCUGCAUCAAGUAAUGAGAUGCCUGGGGCCAGACGGAACUAAGGUGAUUGACAUUCAUGGGGACCAGGUUGCAGCUAAGGAAUGUUAUUCAGUAACACUGAAGUAUGCUGGAAAAGGGAAAGCUCCCAUUUGUUCGACAAGCCCGAGAUAG